AUGGCCGGCUCUCGGGGGAUUACCGCCGAAAGGCAGACAGGUCCAAGGACCCGCAGCAGCAGCCGGAGACGGAAGAUAAAGGCGGAGCUAGAAGCACGCGGCCGCAACUCGCAAGAAGUAUGGGAGCUGCAGCAAGAACUCCUUGUGGGAGGUGCAAGCAAAGCUCUCAUGGAAGCCGCGCGACAGUUACUGCAGGCGGAGCACUACCAGGCUGUUGUGGAGGAGCGGUCGUUGGAUGGGCUCUGCGGAUACCCUCCUUGCAAGAAGCCCACCCAAGCUGUGCCUGAUCAAAAGCGCUGGUCGGUCAAUUACUCUGCCAGGGAGGUGAUCAGUGCCGAAGAGGUCAGGAAGUACUGCAGCCAAGAGUGCAGACUGCAGAGCUGUAGAUUCUGCACAAGCUUACAGCCUGAUCCAGUGUACAUCCGUCCUGAUUCUGCUGUGGUUCGCUCUCAAGAGGCCAUUACUGCCAGCAAGGCUCCGCAGCAGAAAGCUGCGGAGCAAGAGGAAAGACCUCAUGCGGUUGCUGAACUUCCCAAGGAGCCUAAGGUCGACAAGGCGGCGGAAGAUCGUCCGCUCCCCAAGGUGCGACCUCGGGCUGUGGUGCGUUUCUCUCGGAACCAGCAAGUUUACACCGUCCAUUACCACGAGUACGAUGGCGGUGGUGCGCUACCUGACGUGGCGCCCAUCAAGGAUGAGCCGCGUGCCUCACAAAGUCGGGGCGGUCGGCUCUUGGGAUCCCUGGUGCGGGAAAGACCUGGUGCCGAGGAGGGUUCCGACAAGAAGGCUGCAGCAAGAGCAGAUACUCCGGCGAGCCCUCAGGAGGACGCACCGGCUUCCGCGGACAGCGAGGACGAGGCCGAGGCUUUGGGUUACAGC